GUUGUUAUGGAGUUAAAGUCAAACUGAAAACAUAGAAGACUGAUCAAACUUGGAUUAUGUUUGUUUAUAAAUUAUUAAACAUAUAUGAUAUAUUUUAAAACUUGUAUGAAAUAGCCAGCGAAUUCAAAAAAAAAAAGUGUUUUCUGAAUUGGCCAAGACUGGCUCUUUGCUCUUAACGUAACGUUGCUUUUGGUCUAGCUAGCAAACUAACGUUAGCUAGCUAAGUUAGCUUAGUAGCUAGAUAUCUAACGUUAGCCAGCCCUCUGUUCAGUAGCGAAUGGCCUCGCCCGAACGGUUGAGUGCAUUGCGAGAGCGCAACAAAGACUUGUUGAUGCAGUUGAGGCACCAAACCGAAAGUUUGCUGACUAUCACCGGCACCAAAGGCAGCUCGGAGAAUGAUUCAAACCGGACAGCACAAAACAACACAACGAAAAACCCAGGUCAGAAUAAAGAAAAAAGUCCCCCUGCAGAGAACAUGGUGACCCUGAUAGAUGGUGACUUAGGCACUGCUAGGUCAGCUCUCAGCAAACCUACUGUACAGUUCAAGGAGAGAGACAACACUGAAACACAGGCAACAGCACCACUGAGAACUGAAGGUGAGGCAGUGGAAUCUGUGAAUGUCACCCUCUGUCAGACCUCAACACCACACCUUAUCACGGGAACCAAGCUUAAACCAGGCCAAGCUGCAGAACACUCUACUGUUUACACAGGAUUUCUUCAAGACCGAGGCAAAGGCCGUCCUGCAACUCUUGUCAGAUCAUUGGAUAUUAGGAGGCCCUAUACCAGGCCUAUUUACUAUAAUCAGGAGAAUGAACGGAGGGAGGUGGGUAAAUUCACAUUCCAAUCCCCUGGACUGGAGCAAACAUCAGCCUCAGACAGACAGCGUCUGCAGCCUUUACUGGGCUAUGACUGGAUAGCAGGGAUUGUGGAUGCAGAAAGCUCCUUGACAGAGCACUCUGAGCAGUUCUUCAAUGAUCUGCGCACUUUCCGACAGGUCAACAGAGAUGAGUGUGUCCACAGCCAACAAGCAGGAUUAUCUGAAGAGGACCUUUCACCCCCACCACUGUCAAUAGAGAAGGAAGACCAACAGCACACCAUGGACACUCACCAGUGUACGUUCUGUUACAGGAUCAACAGCCGACUGUUCCCAACCCCGUUGGAUUCUCAGGAGUCAUGCCCUGUGUGUAAGAAGCCCAAAUACAAAAUCCCCCACACUGCGGCUGAGCCAGCCUUUAUCAGGGUCAGCAUCCCUCGCUCCACGCUGUUGCCAGCAUACCAGUACAAAGCCCAUCGGAGGUGUAGCUUUGACCCCUCCGACAGCCUGGGUCUACCAUCGCACUGUCUGUCAGGCUGGUCUAACACAGUCCCCAGCACUGGGCAACAGCUCAGCAGCCUGGAUCUGAGGAGCUCUGUGGACACGAAGCCGGCAUGCUAUGGAGUCCCCUCUGCACAGCCACAGUCUAAGAAGUUUCUGGAUUUCUCAGUGUCCAGAGUGUCUGGCAGUCAGCGUUCUGACCAGCUGCUUGACGUGUCUCGUUUGGCCCGCUACCGUUUCCAGCGCCUGCCUGCCAACAGCAAACCACACAGCCCGUCCUACCCUGUGUUCUGAAAACCUAACAGCACUAUAAAACCUGUGUAGUAUUAUGAUUUCAUAUUUUUACAUGAAUGAAAUCUUUAAUAAUGAUGACGAAUUAACCCUCAGCAGUUUUAAUGUAGGAUUAUCAUUGUGGCUAUUGAAUCAUUAAUGUAUCUUAAUUUUCUAUCAUACACUUAUAUAAUGUGUUAAGUGCUUGAUUUUCAUUUUGAUGAGCUACCGAUUUUAUUAAAGGUGCAAUAUGCAGAAA